AUGAAGUUUCAACUGUGCUCCUCUCAGAUCCGGCCUCUAGGACGGACUUUCCCAGCUCAGAGGGCGCUCUAGGCACUGGCGCGAGCCGCCCCACAGGAGGCCACCGCCCUUCUGGGGCCGCUACCAUUGGAAGCCUGGAACGCGGGGGGCGGGGCUGCGGUCGUUGGGUUCUGGCCAUUCUUGGUCAGGUCGGAACAGAGGGACAACGGGGUGCGAGAGAAGGAGAGCGGGGCGGGUGAGGAAGAGGCUGAGGGGGCCGUGCCGGCCAUGGAACUGUACCUCGGCGCCUGCUCCAAGCCUGCCAAUAUCGCCGUCACCAAGACGGUCGCCAGCGUCCUGACUGCGGACACCCAGCAGUGCGGAGACGGUGUGCACAAAACCCACUUUGCAGGGGUUGGACCGGCUCAGCUACUGGACCUACCUCUCGGGGUCAAGCUGCCUGUGAUCCCAGGAAGCCAUGCUGUAUUCUAUACUACGAAUUUCGGUGAAAAGCUUUUUCGACCUUCUUAUGGUUUUAACCUGACUGAUCCCUAUUGUCGACUUUUGGAAACCCAAUAUAAAAGCCUCCAUGAUCCACAUUUAAAAGCAUACUAUAAGCGCAAAGAUAUUUUGAAGAGAUUAAAGAAAGGUGGCUACAUCACCAGCAAUAAUAAAGUUGUAUGUACCUUGAGAGAAUUGGAAUAAGUACAGGCAUAUCUUACCAGUUUAAAAUUAGACUUUGAGAGAAACUAUCUAAGAGAACAAAGAAUACUUGCAAAACAACUACAUAACGUACCGGAAAACAAUCAAAUCCCUCAACAUUGUGAUGUUGCACAAGUCCAAAACUGGUUGUUAAAGGAGGGCAGCGAAUCUAUUAAGGACCAGGAGCGGCUAAUGAGGCAUAGAUAUUUGGAUAUGAUAAGUAGAAAACUAGAACAACUUGAACGCACAGCAGAAGAACAACGCCUAUUCCUGAUGGAUAGAGAAGAAAGACGACAGCGAGAGCAUACAAGAAGAAAACUUACUCUUCGUAGAAAAAUAGAAGAGGAAUGGAAGACAAAAGAGAUGUUACUUCUGACAAGGAUGGCAGAAGAUGUUAAAAGAGAAGAGAAGAUAGAAGAACAACGGCAUAGAAACAGAGAAGAGAGUGACAGGAAGAAACAAGAUCUUCUAGAGAAAAAAAUGGCUUAUCAUUUACAAAAAAUGCAAGAUACUGGCUUUAAAGGAGAAGAUAUGGGAAAAAAUACAUUUAAAUACAGAGGUCAAGAUGGAACACGUGCUUCUCCAAAGAAUAAAAAGAAGACUUCUGAAGAUAUAAUGUUAGUUUAUCCUGCUGGAGACCAGAAUACAGAAACACGUGGACAUACAGCAAAUGCUGCUCAUCAAAAUAGUUCAAAUAAUUUUACGAAAAAAAACUCAACUUCUGUUUUUUAUCAGGCAGAUGUACAGGAUAAUGGUAUAAAUCAAAAGAGAGAUGGGAUGGUAUCUAAAAACUCAAUUAUUUUCGAUGAUAAAGGAGGUAUAAAUAUUUCAGGCCAAGGUUCAAUUAUUUCAGCUCAGAUGUCACCCACAAGAAGUUUUUCCAGAGUUUCACAGGCAUUUUUGGAUCCUUCAAAAGAAGAGAAGGAGACAAAUGCUGAUUGGGAUGGAAGACCAACCAAGAGAUCAAGCUAUCUCUGCGAAUCAGGACCUCAGGCUCAUGCUACAGACCCGGGUAUAUUUUCUUCUCCUGUUUGCACAAAUAGGCAACAAAACAUCCUGAAAAAUUGCUUGCAAGAAAAAGUAACUUCUGAAGAACUGAAUAUUAUAAUUCAGAAUAUAAUGACCUGGGUUGUGGCUACAGUGACCAGUAUAUUGUACCCAGCCAUCACAAAGUAUGAAGAAAGAUUGCAAAAUAAUACAUACCCAGUAUCUGAUGAUUCCAUCCUCUCUUCAGAUAGUUCAAGUUUCUGUAGUACAUGCAGUGAAGACUUUACAUAUAGAAGCUACACAUCUGCAACAACGAAAACAUUUCAGGCAGAACCCUGUGCAUUUGUAGUUGACAUGUCAGUAAGGAGACCAACCACGCCUAUAAAACCUCCUCAUGCACAUGUGGAAAAAACAGUUGUGGGGAAAACAUAUCACGUAAAAGGACAAUCUAUAACCUCUAAACUUAAAUAUAAUAAAACCAACUUGCUAUAUUCAUACCCUAAGCUCAGAAGUUGUAAAUCAGAUAGUCACCUUUUAGCAUCAUUUGAAACAGGCACAAAGAAAUCUAAGGAUGCUACCACUGAAACAGAUAGCUUAGGAAGUUCAUCGCGUUGUGAUAAAACAGCAAAAGCCAUGGAUGAAAUGAAGAAUUUAAAAAAUGUUUUUGUUAACUUUAAAUGUUACUUGAAGAGGGAAACUGAAGUGAUUUUAGAAAGCAUUUUGCGAGAAAUAAUGUCUGAUUUAACCCAGGCCAUUCCCUCUCUCUCUUCUGUUACUGCUGAAGUUUUUGUUGAACAAUGUGAAUGUGUAAAAGAAGUCUUGCUUUCCAAUGUUGGUAUUUCCUCAGUUGCUUCUGAGAUUGUGGAAAAUAUGCUUGAGAAGUUAGAGUCUGCAGUUGAGAAAAAAUGUGUUGAGAUGUUUUCACAAGAUUUGUCAGUUGACAUUAAAGCAAGUUUAGCAGCCAGUGAUGAACUUCUCACAUCAUCUAAUGGAAAACCUUUGAAAAACUCAAAGCUUCAUACUUUGGACCCAAUGUGUGAUAUUGCAGAGGACAUGGUGCAUGCCAUUUUAGAAAAACUAACGACUCUUGUAUCUUCUAAGCAAAAUGAAUUUCUUCAUCUUAAAGACACAACUAAGCUUUCCUGCCAGCAACAUAAGACAGACUCAAUAUGUAUGUUCCUUCAAAGAGCUGCCAAAAAUAAAUCUAGUCUUGAAUCUGAUGAAGCUAGUUUAGUUGUCAAUGAAGAAGUACAAAAUUUAAUAUCAAAUAUUUUUUCCCAGUCCUCUUUGGUUGGUUAUAUAGAGGAAGCAAUCAGUGCUAUACUAGGUUAUAUACAAACUGAACUAAAUAAUGAGAGAAUUAUUGCAUCUGAAGAAACAGUAGUAUUCCUUCAGCUACUUGAUGACAUCCUUGUUCAGCUCCAUCAGGAACCAGUAAAUGAAAGUUUUCAAAAAAGUAAGCAACGGCAACCCAGAAUAAGUAGUCCUUCUGACACCAAAGAAAAGUACAGACUCACUGGCACUAGACUGUCAAAUAGUCCUAGGUCUGGAAGACGAUUUCCACCUAUAAAUGUUCCAGGCAUGGUUCUUUAUUCUGAUGAUGAAAAUGAGGAAAUAGAAAACAUUGUAAAAAAUGUGCUUGAUUCAACUUUCAAAGACGAAAAAGGAAAAUCACAAGAAGAGAUACCUAAUCAUUGGUUUACAAAGGGAAACACUUGUUUUGAAUACAAAAGAAAUAUCAAACCACCUACAAAGCCUGUUUCUAGAAACAAAGCUGCAUUUCAUGAUUGGGAAUUAAAGACUGAGCCACCAUCUACUAAUCAUGAAGAUAUUUUAAAGAAAAACCUUUGUUUGAAUAAAGACAUUUCAACUUUCAGCCAAGAUCAAAAGCAUCAAAUACAACAGGCUUCAGAAAACAUAGUCACAAGUAUUUUAAAAGAAAUGCUCAAGGACAUAUCUUCUGUUCCUUUUGGUCACUUAGAUAGCAAAACUAGCAAUGAAGCUUCAGUUCUUGUUUCAGAAAAGCCUCAAGGACUGUCACAUCAAGAAUGGAUAGACCAGAUGUUUUCUGUUUCAGAAAUCAGUACAGUGGCUCAAGAAAUAACAGAUUCUGUGUUAAACGUACUUCAUAAGGCAUCAAACUACAUUUCCAAUACCACUAAAAGUUUCAUUUCAUCAUCAUUUCAUCAGACUUCCUUACAUAAUUCUGACACUGAACACGUAGUCAAAGAAGCACCAAAUAAAUGCCCAUUAAAGACAUGGUUUGACAGUGAAAAGAAAAUGAAAUAUUUAUCUUUAUUUGAUAUUGAUCCUGAAAAGCCUUCCUGGUUAAAAUCUGGAAAAAGUGAACCUAAACCUGUAGAUGACAUUAAUGAUAAGAUCAUUCGUACAAUUUUUAAAAGAUUGAAGUCAUUUAUUUACCCAAAAUUGCAUAUGGGCUUCAAAUCUUCAUUACAAUCUCAACUUAGUAAGUAUACAGCUAAAAUAGUAAACAUUGUUUUAUGUGCUAUCCAGAAUGAACUGGAACUUCACAAGGAAAACCUAAAUCUUAGGGAGAUUGACCAUACAAACUCCCUUACAGAUAAAGGAUUUUUUGCUAGUACUGAUAAAAAAUUAGAAUCUCUUGUCACGAGUAUUGAUGAUAACAUUUUGGCAAGUCCAUUAUUAACCUAUAUUUAUGAUAUAUUAUCAAGUGAAAAUGCACAUCAAAGAAGCAUUUCAUUCUCUUCUCGUAAGCCAAAGUCUGCAACUGACAGUGUUGAUGUACAAAGCAUUUUGCCACAUAGGCAGGAUAAAAAAUCUUUUCACAAAUAUUUGGCUACUCCUUGUACUCUCCACAGUGUCAAUGAUGGAAAACAUAUUAAAGAGAAUGCAAAAUUGCAAGUGUUAGAAAGAAUUGGGGAAACACUACAUGAAAUGUUAAGGAAGCUCCUGGGGACCCAUCUUCAUUCUCAGCCAUCUUGUAGUCAACAAAGCAGAGAUAUGACAAAUACGAAUCAGAAAAUGGUUGCUGCAUUGCAGUCUAAUAUUCAGUUAAUUUCUAAAGCCAUUUUGGAUUAUAUCCUUGCAAAAUUAUGUGGUGUUGACAUGGAUACCAGUUUUGCAAAUUGUGGAUUAAAAGCUGUCUCAGAGUCUCUUGACAUUGACAACCCAUCAUUUGCUUCAAUUAUUGAGAAAAUGGCCAAAUCCACCAAAAUAAUCUCCAGCAUAGUUUCCAGAAGGGUUCAGGAGUACGAUAAAGAAGGGACUAAAAACGAGGCAAAGCCUGUUGCUCCUGUGUCUUCCAAAACACCGAGCACAAAAGAAAUGCAUCCAAAUAAACUGAAAGCUGUAGCUUCAGAUAUUCUUAAUAUGGUUUUUGCUAAACUGGAAGGGUUUGCCAAUGGACAUUUAGAAAUUUUGGGUGCUAUUAAUGAUGGAGAUAAGAAAAGCAAUAUGAUGGACUGGGAAUGUGAAAGCACCAAUAUUUCCAGAGACACACAUGAAGCAUCAUUUCUGUCUGCUUUAUAUAUGCAUGCAAAGAAGGUAUCAAGUGCUAUUUUGAAGGCUAUUCAAACAGAAUUAAAUGUGACCUCAGAUUUGAAGACUAAUGAAAAAAACCCACCACCUGAGACUCAAACUCUUAAGGAUGUAGUCAAGUUAAUUUUAGAUGCAGUAUCUUCUGAUAUGUUUAAUGAAACAGAAUCUGAAGGGGGAGGCAUUGAAAGUUAUCGAUACAGGCCAACAUAUGGAAAACUUCCUGGAGGAGCUGAAUCAAAUUCAUUUCUAGAUGAUGAUACACAUACAGAUAAAAAAAUUAUUGAUGAGAGAUCACCACAAAGAGAAGAAAUGAGAACACAUUCUCUUAAACAAUGGGCUCUAGAAAAAACCUUAAACAAAAUUGAAGUAAAACUCAAAGAACCACAUAUAUCUCCAAUUGCUCCCAUUAUAAGAAAUAUUUUGAAUGAAAUUUUUCAAAGUACUUUAAUCAAUCAAUUAAAUGUCCUUUCUCUCUCCCACUCUAAUUUUAAUGGCAUGCCUCACAAUGUUGAUGAGACAACUCCCCAAACAUCUGUUCAAUUUAUGGAUAAAAUGAUGGAUCCUUUACUGUCUGAAGCAGAUAUAACCAUAGUAACAGAUAAUAUUGUUAGGACGGUAUUUCACAAACUUUAUUCAGCUGCCAUUACAGAAAGAAAUAUAAGGGAAAAUAGGUAUAAAACUAUCACUUUUUCAGCAAAUGUUUCUCUUCAUGAACACACCUAUGAAGGAAAGUCCUCUGUCACUGUGUUGGAUGAAAAUCCAUGUACUUUUCAGUCUAGAUUCAGUGUUGCUGACAAAGAAGCAAAGGUAAAUCUAGCUGAAGAUAUUGUACAGGCAAUAUUAACAAAUUUAGAAACUUUUGCUAUUUCCAAAGUAAAAUCUCUCUUUCAUUCCAAAGUCAACUUUACAAUUCCAGUGGCUUUACCUAUUCAGCAAGAUCACAGUACAUUGAGCAAAGCAUUAUCAGCCAAAGAUUCAUAUUCUGACGAGCAAUUUUCCUGUUUCUCAGUAGAUCAUACUAAGUCAGGAAAGACCAACUUGUGCCAACUGUCUUUUUCUAAAUUAAAUACUUAUGCACUACAAGUGGCUAGAAAAAAUUUGCAAGGAAUCAAACAUGAAUUAGAUAAAGAAAGGGAAAAUCCUUUUUUAACUCAUGACAUUGGGAUUUCUGAAAGUAUUGCAAGUCAAAUUGUUAACGCAUUGUUAGACAUUAUAUCACGUAAAGGCAAAUGUGACAAAAACAGUGCUGACAAAGAGAUCGAUUUAGAUAAGGAAAAAGGUGUAAUUGAAAAGCUGCUCAGUAAGACCGAAUAUCAAAAAGUACUUCAACUUCAAAUACAAGAUACCAUUGAAGGUAUCCUAUGUGAUAUUUAUGAAAAAACCCUGUAUCAGAAUAAUCUCUCAUUUGCCGCACCCACUCUGAAAUGUAGCAUAGCUGAUAAACAUUCAGAAGAAAAUUCUGAAAUGUUCAUGGAGGGUGCAAAUAAGAUUAUCCCUAAGCUUUCAGUUCCUAAAUCAGAUGUCAUUUUGAUAUCUAAUGAUAUAGUGAAUAUUGUUCUUCAUAAUCUCAGUUCUGCUGUCACACUUGUCAUAAAUGCAAAGAAUCCUACUUCUGCAAGAUUGCCCCUGACAUUCUGUGAUAUGUUUCCAAAAACAGACUGUCAACAGCCUCUUAAGGGGUCAAAAACUGAAAGGAAAACAGAGUGUUUUUCAUAUUCAAAAAAUCAGAAAUCAGCUUAUGCUGAUAAUAAUCAGAUAACUGUAGUAGAGAAAGAAGACACCCAGGAAUCUGCCACUGACUCAUGUGAGGAAAAUGCUAACUUCAUUACUAAAACUAUUCUUAAUCGUUUAGAAUCUUUUGCCACAGAAAGAAUAGAUUCAUUAAUUACCCUUGCUUUCCAACAUAAAGAAAAGUCAUUUGUUAUCCCAGAAUUGGAAAAUUGUAAACAAAAUGACCGCAUCCUUUAUGAUUCAAGCCAAAUGGAAUCAGAUGUAAAUGUCCUGAAAAUAUCAGCAACUGAAACCAUUCUCAGCCAAGAGCUUACAGAUUUCACUUUUGUCAGUCACAGAAAAAAACUUGGAUCCACAAUUCACCUAUCACAAGCUAGCCUUAAGACAUAUGCUGACAUCAUUGCCAGUGCCAUUUUGAAGCUUAUUAAAAAUGACUUAGAUGUAGAAAUCCAAAAGAUAUAUCCAUAUCAAAACAAUAUUUUGUUCCAAGAAAACAUCAUUGUGAGUGAAAUUGUUGAGAGUAUGUUAAAGAUGUUAGAUGAUAAAAGAUCUGUAAAGGAAAUUGGUUUUAAUUCAAAAGAGAAUUCUAACUUUUCACAAUUAACUUUAUCAAAUGAAAUAUUGUUGGGGUACAAAGAGAAGGAAAGAAGUACCAAUCAAUCUCUAUUUACAAAGUAUCCAUUAGAACAAAACAAAAUGAUAUUGGAAAACAAAAGGCAGAUAAUUGUUUUGGAAGAAAUAUUUAUGAGAAAUGGAGAACCAAAAAACAAAGAAAAAGGUGAACUGCUCAGUGCAGUGGAAGAACUUUUGAAUAAGUUGUAUCAAAGAGUAAUGGAAGUCAUAGGCCAUUUGCCUCCCCUUAAUGAAACUUCCAACUUUAUAUCUAAUUCUAAAAUUAAAACAUCAGACACAACACAGAAAAACAGUUUUCUAUCACAUAUUAACAGUGUAGCAAAUGACAUAGUUGAAAGUGUUUUGGGGAAAAUGUACUUGGUAGUUGUGACAUCGUUAUAUGAAAAUAAUAAAAGUAGGAGAGAGGUUGAAACGUCUGACCACAAUGAUUCCUUACCAAUGAAACCAUUAAGGUUUAGAGAAACUAAACAAGCAGGAAAAAUAAGUAAUUCCCCUAGAUAUGUGAUACCACAGGCUUAUUCUUAUGUAGACAGUCAAAAUAUCUCUGUGAUGGAAAACACCUUUUUGCCAUAUUUACCAUUGCAAGUGAAGAAAGAUUUAAUUCAAAUGGUUCUCAAUAAGAUCACGAAUUUUGUCUCACUUCCUUUAAAGGUCAGCCCUAAGGACAGCCCUAAGCCAUGCUUUAAAGCAAAUUUAAAAGAAAGGUCAAAAAUGACUACUUUGCCUAAAUUUACAAAAAAAUCACACUUAGGACUGAGUGCUGCUAAGGCCAAAAGCAAAACCAAGUUAGGUCCUGGAGAGAAGACCCCAAAAGACAGCCGAUCCAAGACUGCCAUUGGGUUGUCACACAUCAUGUCAGCUGGAGAUGCCAAAAAUUUACUGGACACAAAAUUGCCCACUUCAGAACUAAAAAUAUAUGCCAACAAUAUAAUAAUUAAUAUACUGGAAACAAUUGUGAAGGAAUUUGGAAAGGUAAAGCAAACCAAAGCUUUACCAUCUGAUAAAAUCAUAGCUGCAAGUAAAAUAGUUGAUAGAGUUUUGCAAGAAUUGUAUGUUACAAAUAACUGCAAUUUGUCUUACCCGAUCAAAUCCUCACAUCUCAAACUUUCACAGGGGAAUAUAGGCACAGGAUCCCUUCCUAAACAACAAGCAUGUUUUUACUUGGAGAAUGUUUCUUCACAGCUAGAGCACAUUUUUCCUAGAGAAGGUAUAUUUAAAAAAAUGUUUGACAAGUGGCAAACAGAAUCAAAUGACAAGGAAAAUGAAAAAUGUAAGCUAUUGAUGAUAACUGAAAAUGUUCUGACUGAAAUUUCAAUAAAAGCAAAAGAAUUAGAAUAUUCUCUUUCACUUUUAAAUUUGCCACCUCUUGAGAACUAUGAAAGCAGGUUUUAUAAUCAUUUUAAAGGAGCUUCUACUAGAGCUGAGGAUACUAAAGCACAAAUUAACAAGUUUGGAAGGGAAAUUGUUGAAAUGCUAUUUGAAAAAUUACAGCUAUGCUUUCUGUCCCAAAUUCCCACUCCAGAUAGUGAAGAAACUCUAUCAAACAGUAAAGAACACAUUACUGCUAAAAGUAAAUAUGGUUUUCCAAACAAGCACAGCCUCAGCAGUUUACCAAUCUAUAACACAAAAAUGAAAGACCAAAUUUCUAUGAGCUCUAGCAACCAAAUUGUUCAAGAGAUUGUAGAAACAGUUUUAAACAUGUUAGAGUCAUUUGUGGACUUGCAGUUUAAACAUAUCUCCAAAUACGAGUUUUCUGAAAUUGUGAAAAUGCCUAUAGAAAACCUUUCUUCUGUCCAACAGAAACUGUUAAACAAAAAAAUGUUGCCAAAAUUACAACCACUGAAAAUGUUUUCUGAUGAAUCCGAGUCAAAUACUAUUAAUUUCAAGGAAAACACAAAGAACAUCCUUCUACGGGUUCAUUCAUUCCAUUCACAAUUACUUACAUAUGCUGUUAAUAUCAUUAGUGACAUGCUUGCUGUAAUUAAGAACAAGCUAGACAAGGAAAUAAGCCAAAUGGAACCAUCUUCAAUUAGCAUAUUGAAAGAGAACAUUGUAGCAAGUGAGAUCAUUGGCACACUAAUGGACCAGUGUACUUAUUUCAAUGAGUCUUUGAUACAAAAGCUUUCAAGGGAAAGUUUGCUACAAGGAGCUGAAAAUGCCUACACUGUUAAUCAGGUUGAAUUAGCAACUAAUAUGAAAACGUUUACAUCAAAGUUAAAGGAAGGUAGUUUGGGGAUUAAUCCUUCACAAGUGAGUAAAACUGGGUUUGCGUUUUGUUCAGAUGAAGAUAUGAAAGAAAAGUACAGGAUUUCAUCAGAUUUACCCACCUCUGUUAGAUCCUUUGUAGAAGACACAGUUAAAAACUCAGAGCCAAUGAAAAGGCCUGAUUCAGAAACUAUGCCAUCGUAUUCUAGAAACAAAGUACAAGACCACAGACCAAGGGAAUUUAACUUUGGUAGUUUUGAUGAGACCAAGAAAGGAAAUAGCUACCUCCCUGAAGGCAGUAUCUUACAAAAGCUGCUUAGGAAAGCAAAUGACUCUACAGAAGCAGCAUUAAAGCAAGUCUUAUCAUUCAUAGAAAUGGGAAAACGUGAAAAUCUAAGAGUAUUUCAUUAUGAGAACCUAAAACCAGUUGUUGAACCAAACCAAAUUCAGACAACCAUUUCUCCACUCAAAAUAUGUUUAGCUGCAGAAAAUAUUGUCAAUACUGUGCUAUCCAGCUGUGGCUUUCCGAGUCAACCACGUGCUAAUGAGAACAGGGAAAUAAUGAAGCCAUUUUUCAUAUCAACACAAAGUUCUUUAUCUGAAGUAUCUGGAGGACAAAAGGAUAAGGAAAAAAGUUUGCUUAGAAUGCAGGAUAAAAAAACCAACUAUAUACCUGAGAAAGAAAACAAAAACCUUGAAGCCAGCAGGGAAGAUUCUUCUUUAUUGCAAAAAUUGAAAAAUAAGGAGUACCCAAAGAUAGAGACUCUGAAGGAAGUUGAGUCCUUUACUUUUGCUGAUCAUGAAAUGGGUUCCAGUGAAGUUCAUUUGAUAGCAAGACAUGUCACCACAUCUGUGGUCACAUAUUUGAAGAACUUUGAAACUACAGUUUUUAGUGAAGAAGAGAUGUCUGCUGUCUCUACAUGGUCAAGGAAAAAAUAUGAAUCAAAACAGCUCCUAAGAAACAUAUACAAUGAUUCUUCAAUUUAUCAAUGUUGUGAACAUCUCACUGAGUCAGUACUUUACCAUUUAACUUCAAGCAUUUCUGAUGGCACCAAAAAGGGUAGAGAAAAAGAGAAAGCAUGGGAAAUUCAAGAAGCAACAUUUAGCAAGAUUAUUUCAAUUCAUUCUCAAGUAUUUGAGAGCAGGUCAAUUUCCAUUGGAGAACUUGCUUUAUGUAUUUCUGAAAUCAUUAUUAAAAUUCUUUUUAAUAAUAAAAUUAUACAGGCUGACAUUGCACAGAAAAUGGUUUCCAUACCAACAAAAUACAUUUACUGUCCAGGAAUAGUUUCUGGUGGCUUUGAUGACCUCUUUCAGGAUCUCUUAGUAGGAGUGAUUCAUGUACUGUCCAAAGAAAUAGAAAUAGAUUAUCACUUUGAAAGCAAUGAAAGAAACAAAUCAUUUUCUAUGCAUAGCAAAAAUAGUGUAUCUGUUUGCAACAAAAUCAAUAGACAGGAAGGCCCCAGAGACUGGCAAUUCUCUACUCAACAAAUUGAUCAACCUUUUCAAAAAAAUAAAUUAAGUUAUCUUACAUAUAAGUUAAACAGCCUGGUUGGUAACCUAAAAACAAGUGAAUCCAAAGAAGUAGUCAAUAAAGUUUUUAAUAUUGUUUCAGAUUUAUUUUCACCAGAUGAAUGCCUAGAUAGGGGUAUGGAUUCUGGUAAAAUACAAAGAACAUUUUUCUACUCCUCAAAUAAUGAACAACCUACUAGCAUACUUAGCAAUAACCUACAGCUCUCCUCAAAAUCAGUUUUUCUUCUCAAUGUUGUAUGUGAGAAACUUAUCAGAAUGCUUUUAGAAGAAUGCACAAGCACUGCUUUUCUUGAUAAAGGGUCUGUUUCAGAGGAAACAUCAGAAGAAGAAUGUCAACUUUUAAAAAUGCUUCAAAAUGUAGAAGAUGGAAAAUCUGAUUAUCAUAAGGGAGGAAUGGACCAUGAAUGCCUUCAAGUAGAUUACAUGUCAGAACUUUUGGAGAAUGUGGCAGAAAUUGAUCAAGACUUAUUGUCAUCAGACUCUAUGCUUACUAUUAUUUCCCACAGCUUGGUUAAAUCACUGAUGGACAAGUUAUCUCACAGUAUACAACAAGCUCCGGAAAGUCUGCCUUUUGCAAAUGAGUAUCUGAACUAUAGGACAAGAGAAAUACAGUCCAGUUUCACAAAAGCAAGAAAGCCAGAAUUAAUAGAAUUAGGACAAAAUGAAAGUUCUUUAGGACUCGGUAGCUAUGACAGUAAUUCUUUGACAGUAUCCAUGAAUAAUCCCAGUGUGGUUAGCUCCAAAAUACAAGCACCAUUUGACAAGCAUUGUGCAGUAAAAUCCUCUUCUGUGUCACCUCUUGAAAAACAGAGAACAAAGGAAAUGGAUAAGGUAGCCAUUCAUAAUAAGCUACAUCAGGAAGGUAUAUAUGCUGGUGUUUAUUCAGCCACAUUUUUGGAAGGAAUAAUUUCAGAAUUGUUUUUUAAUCUCUCUAUGUCAUUGUGGGGCAAAAAUAAAAACAUCACUGUGUCCUGGCUCAAUGAGAUGAAUAUAUUACUUGUCAACAGUGUAGUGAAUGAAUUUAAUAAUGCUCAAGUCACCGUUCUACGGAAUGCUGAAGAAAGGCUGUGUUUUCCAACAGUUCAUACAGAAACAGUUAGCAAAAUUGUUGACUCAGUUUAUUAUGAUGUUUUACAGCAGUAUGAAUUAAAAAUGAUCUGUGGUAAUAAUCUGGUGUACGACAAUGCCUCAGUAGCAGAACAAAUAACAAAUGGCAUAUUGUUAGAGAUUUUAGACUACAAACUGCCAUCUUGCUUCAGGGAAUAUCUCAUACCCCAUUCAUAUUACCCUCUCAAACCUGAAAUUAUAUUGCAAAAGCUUCAAAGUAACCUAACAGAAUUUACUUCUCUACCCAGGUCUUCAUCAGACUAUAGUACCAUGUUAUCACAUUCAUUUUUAGAAGAUGUCAUAAGAAGGCUUUUAUCUCAGCUAAUUCCUCCACCCAUUACAUGUUCCUCUUUAGGAAAAAAAUAUUUAAUGAGUUCUGAUUUUAAUGAAAUGUCCACUUGUAUAAUAGAUAAGGUUAUGUCAGCCAUUUCAAAACAUAAAAUCUGUUUCACUAUAUAUGAUAAACAAUAUCUAUAUACUGGAAAAAAACUCCAAAAGAUGGUGGAUUCUGUUUAUUGUAAUAUUUUACAAAUGUCUGACUCUCUUGUUUCAAUACAAAAAAGUAUAGUAAGCCGAAGCCCAAUUAUGGUUGACCAAAUAGCCAGCUGUAUCAUCCAAGAGAUUAUCGAAAAUCAUCUUCAACCAUUUUUGAGUGGAGAGGUUUUAUGUCAUCCAGGGACGCCACUGGAUCCAGUGUCUACUAUUGUUAAACAGGUUCUGAGUGAAGUGAUAGAGUCACACAGACCUCAGAAGCAAUCACCCUUAGAUAUUCACCCUGAUUCAUUUGUAAGGGAGAUUGUUGCCAGACUUUUGUCAAAGAUUUUCAGCCCAAAACACAACACUGAAAUUGAGUUGAAAAACAUGACCCAAAGAAUAGUAAACUCCAUAAAUAAGCACUUCAAUAAAGCUAAAAUUCACAUUCUUUAUGAUGACAAAGAACAGUCUUUCUCUUCUUUCAAUACAGAUAUUGUGGAUGAACUUGUCACCACAGUUUAUAGAAAUGCUUUAAAGCAGCAUGGGCUAGACUUUGCUGUUGAUAAAGAGUCUGAAGAUAGUGGCACUUUUGUGGAAAAUAUUACCAAUUUAAUUGUAGCAGCUAUUUCAGAUUACCUUCUUCAUCCACUGUUUUCUGGGGAUUUGUCAGCUUCUACCUAUUCCAAUUCAGUGGCUGAGAAUAUUGCUCAGGACAUCCUUAGUAAUAUCAGUAAAUCUACUGAGCCAAGCCAGAGUGUACCUCUAUAUAACACCUUGCUGCCCUACACAUUUUUAGAAGAUAUGAUCAGAGUACUAUUAUCUAAAUUAUUUUCUUCUGCAUCUAGCCUGGUUCUAAACAGAGAAACCCAAAAAGAUAUAUCAAGAGUGAAUUUCAAUGACAUUGCUUCAAACCUAAUUAGUGAUAUUAGGAUGAAAAUUUCCCAACAUGAAAUUAGAUUUUCAAAAGAGGAAGAAGAAACCAAGUUUAUUUAUUCAGAAGAUGAUAUUCAGCACCUUGUUGAUUCAGUAUUUGAAAAUGUUGUGCAAACCUCUGGUUCUCAAGAAUCAGCUGUGCAAAAUAUCGUAAGCAGUAAUGAUGUUCUUAUCGAUAGAAUAGCAGGUUUCAUCAUUAAACAUAUCUGUCAAAAACAUCUUCAGCCAUUUGUGAAUGGAAAAUCAUUAUCUUCAUCAGACACAUAUUUUGAUGAUGAGAGAAGGAAGUUAUUUUAUACCAGUGUUUACUCUUCAACAUUCUUGGAAGAUGUAAUCUCUGGGGUUUUAAGAAAAAUAUUCCACAGGUUAGUAGGCAUUGUACAAACAAAAUCCAUAAGAGAUUCAGAAGAUGAACUGUUUGAGAAAGCUGAAGAACUCAUACAUUUGAUUAUAGGGGAAUUCUCAAAAGCCCAAGUUAGCAUUAUAGAUAAUACUGAGGAAAGAUUGUGUUUACCUCCAGUGGAGAGGGAUGUAGUCAAAACAAUUGUUGACAUGGUGUAUAGCAAAGUUUUGCAAGAAUAUGAAAUGGAAGUAGUGCCCAAUAAAGAUUUUCUAAAUGACACAAAGACAUUGGCUGCAAGAAUAACUAAUGUCAUCCUGGCUGAAAUUUUUGAUUUCCAAAUUCACCCAGAUCUUAUAGCAAAUCUACCUUUUAAGUCAUAUUCCAAACUCAGUGCAAAUGUUUUAAUAAAAAGAGUUCAGUAUGAUAUAAGUAAAUCAAGAUUCAAAAGACAAGCUUCAACAAUGUAUACCACUAUGUUAUCACAUAGUCAUUUGGAAAAAAUAGUUACUCAGCUUACAUCUCAGAUCAGUCCAUUGAACACCAGUGCAGAGCAGUCAGAUACUACUAAAUCAGACUUAAGCAAUACAGUGAUAAAACUGAUAAAUGAAAUUAUGUCAAUAAUUUCAAAACAUGAAAUAUGUAUUAUUAAAUAUGGGAAUAAAAAACAGAGUAUGAUUUCAGCAAAAGAUAUCCAGUCUAUGGUGGAUUCCAUUUAUGCUGAUCUUUCUCAUUCAAAUAUAUACCAGUCCAUUACAAAAGACAAGAAGAGCAUAAGUGACAUACCUGUUCCAAAAAUAGCAAGUUUUAUAAUAAAAGAAAUCUUUAACCAUCAUAUUCAAUCAUUUUUAUCUGAAGAUGAAACUCGCCUUUUGGCUGCAGUUGAUCAAACUUAUAAAUCGAAAGCAAUAGAUCCUAAACAAAGAGAAUUAUCUUUUAUUGUCAACUCAUCUGUCUUUUUGGAGGAAGUAAUUUCUGAGCUCUUAUGCAAAAUUCUUUAUGCAUUUUCACGUAAUAUGUUGGUUACUGAAAACCCAGAUAGAGCAAAACCGAAACUUGCCAGGAUUGUUACAACAUUGGUAAAUUCAAUUGUUCAGGAGUUCACCACAUCAGAGAUUUUAGUUGCAGAUAACUUUGAUGAAAAUUUGUGUUUCUCAGAAAGAUAUAGAGAAAUGGUUCAAAAAAUAGUCAACUCUGUAUAUGGAAAAGUAUUAGAUCAAUAUAAGUCUCUGAUUCAAAUACAUAGGGUUAUACAAAGUGACACAAUAUGUUUUGGUAGGAAAAUAUAUUAUUUGCUAUUGGAAGAAAUAUAUGAUUAUCAAGUGCAGUCAUUAGUUGCAGGAGAAUUAGAGUCUUCUUCUUAUUCAUACCCCCAAGCUGAUAAUAUCAUCAGAAAUGUGCUUAACAUAAUCACAAAGGAUAGCCAUGCCUUGCCAUCAUAUAUUACUGUGUUGCCUCGUUCUCUUUUAGAAGAUAUGAUUUACAGGCUUCUAGCGCAUGUCAACCCUUCAACUCACACUGAAAAUGAACUAAAAGAGAAAGAGCUUCCACCAGAUGAUGAAUUUGUGAACAUAGCUUCAAAAUUGACUGAUGAAAUUAUAAAAGAAAUUUCUGAACAUGAGAUUCGACUUUCCAUGGCAGAAGAUAAUGCAGAAAGUAUGAAGUUAGAACCUACUGAAAAUUUCGUUGACUCCAUAUGUAAUAAUAUUUUGAAAACAUCUGAAUUCCAAGCUGAAGUACAAAAAGAUGCAGACAAAAAAGGACGCUCAUUCCUCAGUAAAUUAGCUGGUUUUAUUAUGAAAGAAAUCAUGUAUCAUCAUUUACAUCCAUUUUUACAUGGUGAAGAAUCAUCUUUCAGUGACUUAUCUGAUUAUGACCAUAUCUCCAAACUUGCUAAAUCUGGUAAAGAAAAGACACAGCCUUCUCUAUAUUCAGCUACAUUUUUGGAAGAUAUAAUCGUUGACCUUGUUCACAAAUUUUGUUCUCUCCCCAUUAUUACUGAAGAUUCUAAGAAAAAUGAAAUAACAGAGCUAGAUAUUACGGGCGUGGCUCUAAAACUUGCAAAUUCUCUGAUAAGGGAAUUUAUGAAAAAUGAAAUUAAAGUUUUACCAAAUGCUGAAAAAAUAUUUUCUUUUCCAGCAAUUGAUAAAGAGACAGUUGAUAAAGUAUCCAAUUUUGUAUAUGAUCAGUUCAUAGAAAAAUGCACAUCUAAUGAUAUUCAAAAAGGUGAUGAAAGUAACAUUGCUAUAGGGAUGAUUGCUGCUCUAACCCAGAAGGCAAUGUCUGCAUUCAAGAUUCAACCACUUUUUUCAGGAGACUGGUCUUCCACCUUCUUUUCAUUUCUAAAUCCAGAUAAUAUCACCCAAAGGGUUCAACACCUACUACAAAACACCUUUACACAAAUAAGCAGAUGUGCAAAAGAGAACCAACUUUCUUUACCAGAUCAAUCAUAUAAAGAUACUUCUUCCACCUCAGACUGCAGAAACACGAUGAGCACUUUGGAAAUAAAUAGAGGCACAGUGAGUAGAAAGAAAAGUUUUAAAACCAAGGACACAUCAAUGAAAAAAGGUGACAUCCAAAAUCCAGUACUUAGCUCUAUAAAUGCAAUUAUGAAAAGCAGCAUAAUUAACCUGACAUCAGGGUUGGCUACAAGUGUGACAAAUGAAAAGAAAGUGGAUGAAAAUAAAGUGGGAAUUUGUACUCAGAAACACAGUGAGAAUGUAUCAAAAGUUACUUCUUCAACUACCACUGUGAAAAGUAAAGAUACUCAGGAGCUAAAUUUGAGUGAAACAUUUAAUAAAGAAAUUGAGAAGGAAAUAAAUUUAAUUCCAAGAGAUAAAAAAGGGAAAGAUCAUGAGGUACACACACAUUUUUCAUUAAUAAUUGAUGAUACAGAAUAUGAGAAGGAAGUACUUGAAUCAGAUUCUGAAAUAGGCUAUAAAAAGAAGAUUGACAAUGCAAGAGAAAGAUCAUUCAAAAAAGAUGACAAGCUCUUUCAGUUACCCUCCUCGAAGUCCAAGAGAAAUCUAGGAACUAAAACAGAGACUUUGGAAAUAAGAACUCAAACAUCAGUCAGUGAGGGGAGAAGAGACUCUCCAACACAAACAGGUAGGGAUGAGGAACACCACUCAGAUUAUGAAUAUGUUCAAAAUGUCAUUGAAAAUAUUUAUGAAGAUAUUUUAGAACUAUCUUCUUCUCCAGAACCAGCAUAUUAUUCAAAACUCAGUUACGACCGAAGGCCCCCAGGUGAUAAUGUAUUAAAUGUAAUUCAAGAGAUUGGCAGGGAUUCAGCACAGUCUGUUACAACAAAAGAAUUAUCCUCCUCAACUAACGAAAAUGUCCCUGCCAAAGAAAAAGAAGAGGAAGAGAGAGAAAAAGAGAAAGUAAGAGAGGAGAUUAAAAGUGAACCCAGUAAACCAGACAAUUCUCAAAACCAACCAGAGAGUAAACCUGGAAUUUUUCCCGCUAAGUUUUUAGAAGAUGUUAUUACUGAGAUGGUUAAAAAAUUGAUCUUUUCUUCUAUACCAGAAACACAAAUACAAGAUAGAUGUCAAAAAGUUAGUGAUAAGCAAAAUCAAGCUAAACUCUAUGACACUGCUAUGAAACUCAUCAAUUCACUGUUAAAGGAGUUUUCAGAUGCUCAAAUUAAGGUUUUCAGGCCAGAUAAGGGAAAUCAGUUCCCUGUGGGUAAAGUGUCUUCAGUUCCUCAAGUACCUCCCAGGUAUAAAGAGACAACUACAGAUGAAGCACCAUCCAGCAUCAAGAUAAAAUCUGCAGAUAAAAUGCCACCUAUGCAUAAAAUGACAAGAAAACUUUCUUCAGAUAAGAUACCAUCAACUGACAAAACAUUGGUCAAUAAAGUUGUUCACUCUUCUGUUUGUAAUAUUUUAAAUGAAUAUGGAUCUCAAGACUCUAUUUGUAAGAAUAUAAACAGUAAUGGAGAAAAUUUAGCAAGAAGACUAACUGGUGCAGUGAUAAAUGAAAUUUUCCAGCAUCAGGUUAACUUGAUAUUUUGUGAUGAGGUUUCAGUUUCAGCAUGUUUGCCUCUGGAAUCUAAGGAUGUUGUUAAAGAGGUCCAAAAGUUGGCCCAAACAGCCAGCAAAGAAUGUCAAACUUCAUCACCAUAUACAAUAAUGUUACCUCAUAAAUUUUUAGAGAAUGUGAUUUCUGCUCUUUUAUCCAAAAUUUUCUCAACAAUAUCCAGCACUAAAACAAAAGAACCUGAGGACAAUUUGUCCACAGAACUAAAUUUCCUUCAAGUGAAGUUAGUAAGUGCAGUUGCAAGAGAGAUCUCCCAAGAUAAAUAUAUGACUAUACAAUAUGUAGAAACCUUACAAUCUGAGGAUGAUGAAAUUAUUCAAUUAGUUGUUCAGUCUGUUUAUAAUAAUCUCUUGCCACAGUUUGGAUCACAAGAGAUUAUACAAAAUUGUGUAAUCAGUGGAUGCAAAAUCCUUUCAGAAAACAUAGUUGACUUGGUUCUACAAGAAGUGGCUAGCAAUCAGUUGCAGAGCUAUUUUUGUGGAGAGCUAACUCCACAUCAGUGUGUGGAAGUCGAAAACAUUGUUGAAAAGAUCCUUAAAGAUGUUUUCCAAACUACUGAUGUGCCCCUACCUAAACCAUCACAUGCUCAUAAGCUGUCUUACAACAUAAUAGAAGAAAUUGCUGUGAAAUUUUUAUCAAAGCUUUUAUCUAUAUUUCCAAAAGUGCAUAAAGAAAGAACCAAAUCUCUAGAAACUGAUAUGCAAAAAAUAACUUCAAAAGUACUAAAUUCAGUCCAAGAAUUUAUCUCCAAAAGUAAGAUUAAACUUGUACCACCCACCAAGAAAUCACCUACUGUGCCUGUAGCUGAUAAUGCAACUAUUGAAAACAUAGUUAAUUAUAUUUAUACCAGCGUUUUAAAGCACUCUGGCUCUUAUACUUCUAUAUUUAAAGAUUUAAUGGGUAAAAGCAAUGUUCUCUCUGAUACAAUAGGCUUUUUAAUGGUGAAUGCAAUUUCCAAUUCUGAAUUUCAACCUCAAGUAGAGGAAGAAGUAUCAAAUUCAGAAUUAGUUCUGGAAGCUGUCAAAAUUAUGGAAAAAGUGAUCAAAAUUAUUGAUGAACUUAAGUCUAAGGAAAAGUCUUCACCCAGAAAAGGUUUGACAUUAGAUGCCAAACUUUUAGAAGAAGUGUUGGCCUUGUUCUUGGCUAAACUAGUAAGGUUGCCAGGUUCCUCAAGCAAAGAUGAAAAGAACUUAUCAAAGCCUGAGUUAAAUAAAAUUGCAUCUCAACUAUCAAAAUCGGUAACAACUGAAAUUUCCAGAAAUAGCAUUAGUCUAAUAACUUCUGAUCCUGAAGAGCACUGUUUAAAGCCAGAAAGUAGAGAAAUGAUUUAUCAGGUUGUUGAUUCUGUUUAUAGCAACAUACUGCAACAAUCAGGAACCAACAAACAGCUUUAUUAUGAUAUAAAAGAUACAAACACAGCCUUUCCUAAAAAAGUGGCUAGUUUAAUUAUUGAUGGAGUUUCAAGUUUUCCGUUAGAUACAAUUAGCUCAACAAUUUCAAAUGCUGAUCUCCCUGGAGAGCUAGACAUUAAUAGAAUUGUUCGAAAGGCCCAAGAACAUGCUUUUAAUGUGAUUCCUGAAUUAGAGCAAGAAAAGUUAGAUCAAAAUUUAUCUGAAGAGGAAUCUCCAAUUAAAAUAGUUCCACAUGUUGGAAAAAAACCAGUCAAAAUAGAUCCAAAAAUUAUUUCAGAACACUUAGCAGUUAUUUCUAUAAAAACUCAACCUCUUGAGAAGCUGAAGCAGGAGUGUUUGCAAGUAACUGGACGUAGCAUAGCAGAACUGAGAAGAGCAUCAAUAAGUGGGAGAAAUUACUCCUCAGAAGCACCUAAUUUAGAAAAGAGAAAGAAAGAAAGACGUCCCUCAUUGGAUAAGACUGGAAGACUGGAUGUAAAACCAUUAGAGGCCGUUGCCAGAAAUUCAUUUCAGAAUAUAAGAAAGCCUGAUAUUACAAAGGUGGAGCUCUUAAGAGAUGUUCAAAGUAAAAAUGAUCUUAUUGUUCGAUUAGUAGCUCAUGAUAUUGAUCAAAUGUAUUUGGAAAAUUACAUAAAAGAGGACCCAGAUUCUGAUGAAGAGGAAAUUGUUUUAGGAGAGACUUUUGCAAAAGAAGAAGGCAUUGAAGUAUUUGAAGAUCAAGUGAAAGAAGUCAAGAAGCCAGUACAAAGCAAAGUUUCUCCUAAGUCAACACUAAGCACGGGCAGUCUGAAAAAAUUUUUGUCACUAAGUAAAUGUUGUCAGACCACAGCCAGUGCAAAUAUUGAAAGUACUGAAACAAUCUCAAAUCAGGUAAUAGAAUCCAAGGAGAUGCAUGUUAAAAGAGCUGUUGCUGAGCUUGACAUGGCCACACCAAAGACAAUGCCUGAAACAGCCUCUUCAUCUUGGAAGGAAAAACCCCAGUGUAAGAAAGAAGAAAAGAAUCUUGUUACUGAACCAACACAUUACUUCAUACACAGAAUUAUGAGUUCAUCUUCAUACAAUCAAGAAGAUCUCAUUUCAUCUACUGGUGAGGAUGAAGAUUGUUGCCCAGACCCAAGUGCUAAAAUAUUAGAAGAAAGUUCUCAGGAACAAAAGCCGGAGCAUGCAAGCAGUGUUAAGUUUAUCACCAUCUUUGAAAGAUCCAAGGAUGUUCUUGGCAGUGCAAAUCCCUCAAAGGAAGUCACUUCAGAAACUCCCAAGUCUGAUGUCUCCAAACAAGGAUCUAAAAUGCUGACAAAAAUGUCUUCAGCUUUGUCAAAGGUGUUUUCUCUACGUAACACCAGUAAUUCCACAUCUUCCUCACCAGCUCACGAGGAUGAACACUGAAGCUUUUGUACCUGAUAUAAGUAUGCUUACUUCUCUUAGAAAAUAAAAUGGUUUUUAAAGCAUA